AUGCUGGGAAUUCCUGGAGACGGAAAAAGACAGAUUGAUGGCCUGGGAAUUCCUGGAGACGGAAAGAGACAGAUUGAUGGCCUAGGAAUUCCUGGAGACGGAAAGAGACAGAUUGAUGGCCUGGGAAUUCCUGGAGACGGUAAGAGACAGAUUGAUGGCCUGGGAAUUCCUGGAGACGGAAAGAGACAGAUUGAUGGCCUAGGAAUUCCUGGAGACGGUAAGAGACAGAUUGAUGGCCUGGGAAUUCCUGGAGACGGUAAGAGACAGAUUGGUGGCCUGGGAAUUCCUGGAGACGGAAAGAGACAGAUCGGUGGCCUGGGAAUUCCUGGAGACGGAAAGAGACAGAUUGGUGGCCUAGGAAUUCCUGGAGACGGAAAGAGACAGAUUGAUGGCCUGGGAAUUCCUGGAGACGGUAAGAGACAGAUUGAUGGCCUGGGAAUUCCUGGAGACGGAAAGAGACAGAUUGAUGGCCUAGGAAUUCCUGGAGACGGUAAGAGACAGAUUGAUGGCCUGGGAAUUCCUGGAGACGGUAAGAGACAGAUUGGUGGCCUGGGAAUUCCUGGAGACGGAAAGAGACAGAUUGGUGGCCUGGGAAUUCCUGGAGACGGAAAGAGACAGAUUGGUGGCCUGGGAAUUCCUGGAGACGGAAAGAGACAGAUUGGUGGCCUGGGAAUUCCUGGAGACGGUAAAGAGACAGAUUGA